UCUUCAUUGGUUCACAGGCUGCAGGAGUGCCAUACCCAGCCAAUGGGAGGCCAUAUACUUCAGGUAUGAGAACCACCUCUCAGUCUGUCAUCAAGCGGCAGAAAGUGAGCCAGGGAGAAGCUCCCAACCCUGUGGUGUUUGUUGCCACAAAGGACACCAGGGCUCUGAGGAAACAUCUCACCCAGUCUGAGAUGCGCCGGGCAGCAAGGAAACCUCACCUCCUGGUCCGGAUCAAACUGCCGCCGCCGCCACGCUCCCUAGCCAUGCCCAUCGUCCCCUCCAACACCAGCGAGCCCAUCGUCCUGGAGGACUGAAAAUGAGGGCUGAGGGUGGUCUUUUAACAGGACAUGGGGAGGGGCUGUGUUUAAGCCAUCACUUAUAGGCAGCACAGUACAGCAUACAGUAGUCUUUUUUUUUUUCCUCCCCCAUUUUCAGUGUCAUGUUCCUUUAGUCCUCUUUUACUUCCCAUAAGUUAAUGUGUUUCUCUCUCUGUCACACACACACACACACUCAGUAAGCACACAUUAAACCCUCAGGGCUCCAGCAUACACGCUGAAUUGGUCGCCAAUGGUAACCCCGCCUCGGCUCCGUACCAUUUAAACUUAGAGUGCAGUAUUGUCCUGAGUGGUAGGCGUCGCCACUAUCGGAGGAGGAGAACUCAAAACAGGAAGCAGAUAAUUUUUUAAAGUGUGCACUCGGAGGCUCUGAGCUGCUGUGCUCUGGUCAUUACAAUAGUGUUAAAAUCCAACACACAGCAGCAACGGCACAACUGGCUGAAGUGACAGCAGAGCAGCAUCUCGUACCAGCAGACGUCACAUCGCUUUGUUGUAGAGCAGCAGCCAGCGUGAUGGAGCCCUCACACUCACACUCGCCCUGCUUUUAAACGUGUCAUUUUAAAUUCAUAUAUUUUUCUUCCUGGAGCAAUGGUGAUGAAGCAGACAUCGUUUGACUUUCCCGUCUCUUAUCUUUGUGUAAAUAUAUGCAUCACUGAAGGGGCGACACCCUUACAGGACUGUAGGACAGCUUGAGCAGGCCCAGGGUUUGCCUCGGUUUCAGGAUUCCUCUCGAGCCUCCUUUCCUCCAUCCUAGCAGAGCAGAAUCAUCGGGUGGGCUGUGGUGAUGGAGGGAAAUGUGGUGUUAGUCUGCUGCGUGGUGUAACUCUUUCCAUGGCUGCAGUCUGUUCAACACACUUGACUUUACGUUCAGUUCUCUCAUUUUAGGAACAAACCUCAGAGGUGUGCACACCUGUCCACCCACAGAAACAGAGUGUAAAUGUCACAGGGUCGGACCCAGACUUUACAAAGACGCAGAAUCGGAGCCUCAUACAAACCUGUUUCCUUCUAUUAUUGAACCCUCGGUGUCAAAAUAAGAGCUUGAGCUGAUUGAAAGCACUAACUGAAAACACUGAAGGCUUCGUCUGCAGUUGUUUUUGGUUUAGUUUGUUCCCCUCACUCAGUGCGUCUCUGCACAGGGGAAAUGCUAAAUCACUACUCUGGGCAGCAGCCAAUCAGGUGUCUUUGAAAUAGGGUUUUAUUCCAACAGCCACUCUGUGCUUUGCUUGCUGUAAAUUGUUAGUAGAUACAGAAGGAGAGGUGCAUGACAGCCGACAACAGAGGCUGCUUACUCACGACUGAGUUAUCAUGAAUUUGGCUUUGAGAUCAUGUGUGGGAUUUCUGCAGAAGUCCAAAAUGAAGCCAUAAUGUGCAGGAGAACAGGCAGCGACAGUCUGAAGGUCAGUUCAUAAAUGUGGGUCGAAUCAAGCAGAAAAUGUAUGCAAAAACACGGGAACACACCAUGCAGACCUUUGACCCUUUUGUCUUCAUGCA